UUGUAUCAGACAUUGGAGCAGAAGAAGAAGAAGGGUUCCAUGGCGCAGAACGGUAGCAUAAGAGGUAGAAGACAGCCGAACAUACUAGUGACAGGGACACCCGGGACAGGCAAGACAACGACGUCGUCUUCUCUGGCAGAGGCUACCCAGUUCCGCCACAUAUGCGUCGGAGAUUUGGUGAAGGAGAAGAACCUGCACGACGGCUGGGACAUCGAAUUCGAGUGCUACCUCAUCAACGAAGACCUCGUUUGUGAUGAGCUUGAGGAUUUGAUGGAAGGAGGAGGGAACAUAGUGGACUACCAUGGUUGUGAUUUCUUUCCGGAGCGAUGGUUUGAUCGAGUUGUUGUGCUUCAGACUGACAACUCAGUGUUGUAUGAUCGCUUGAGUCGGAGAGGUUACACAGGGUCGAAGCUUACAAACAAUAUUGAGUGUGAAAUCUUUCAAGUUCUGCUUCAAGAGGCAAAAGAAAGUUAUCCAGAGGACAUUGUGGUGGCAUUGAAGAGCGAUACCAUUGAAGACAUUACCAAAAAUGUUGAGAGUUUAACAGAUUGGGUGAGGAGUUGGCACCCUGCUUCCUAAUCAUAGCAACACCAAUACAUCAUCAACUCCUCUCUGUCUUGUGUUCCUAUACCAUGUAAUUGUCGUAUUUAAGGGCACUAGUCCUUGCUUGAGUAGGUUUCUGUAUAAGGAUUUUUCUUUCCUAUGGUAAAUGUUUUGGAGUUUUUAUUUCGUUGCAGUGAAUAGUGAGUUGGUUUCUCCUC